AUGGUGGUAGUUGUACCUAGCUCUUUAAUAGCAAGAUACCUAGAAAGAGGUAUGCAAGACCGCUUAUAUUCUAUAAAUCAUUUUAAACUCAAUUCCACUCCCGAUGACUUCCCCAAGUAUGAAGGAUACAACUUUGUUGAUGAUCAAUAUGUCAUAAUUGUCAACGAAGCUACACGAUUUACUCUACUUGAGCCGGUCAUUGAAAAUCAUUUUCCGACUUAUCCAUUGGUUGAGUCUAUUGAAUAUCUGAUGAGAAAUCCACGUCAACGAAAUCUGAUCGAUGUUGUUGGCAAAGUUAUUGAUGGACGUCUUUUACACCAUGAUUGUGCGAUUGAUUUACUUCUUCAAGAUCAAUCUGGCUAUGUAAUUCAGUUGAUUUUGAAUGAUGGUCCUAAAGCCUUACCUUUUAAACUCGCACGAUCAAUUCAAGAGAAAUGGAUCAUAUAUGUAUCUCGUGUUAAAUAUCGAAGCCGAGGGGGGAUGAACUUUUUGGAUUCUACAUCCAUUUCGAGGGUUGCAUUUGAACCGUGUGAAAUGAGGAUCCAAGAUAGUGAAAAUGAAAAUGGAGAUUUGACGCAAAUUUCUUUAGAUAUUGAAAAAGAAAGAAGAAAACGAUACAACAAAGAAUAUUGGAAAACACGAUUUACGCAAAACAAAAAGCAAAAGGUUUUUAUUUGCGAGGAACCCCAAAGUAGUGCAGAAAAACGAAAAAAAGCUAAUCGCGAAUAUUAUGUACGAAUUAAGAGCAAACAACAAUUAGAAAAGGUACCAUUACAAAACUUGGAAAACCAAUGUAGUGGUGGAAUAAUGCUAUCCGCAAAUAACCAUUCAACCUCACAUGGUACUCGAGCCAAAGACAAAGAAAAUAUUAUGCCGCGUAGUAAGGAUAAAGCUGCUCAAAAUAGGAAAGAUACUAACAAAAAGUAUUAUGAACGCAACAAAGAAAAAAGGAGAAUGCUUGAAAGUGAUCACCAACAAAAAAACAAUGAAAGUAUAUUUGCUACUGCAGAGGUCAUUCACAAACAUCAUGUUAUAUGUGCUGAAGAAAACAACCAAAUAUAUUCGGGGUUAACACACGAAACAUUAGAUGAAGUUGGAGGUUCUAGCGAAGUCCAUGUCAAUCAAGUAAUUCCAGAUGACAUUCUUCUUGAGGAUCCAUACCAUUCUAUUUUCGAUAGUAUCCCUGAAGUACAUUCUAUUUUGGAAGGAAGUAAUAUAUGUGUUCAUUGUGGAGCCAAAUGGUUCAAACAUGAAUUCGCUACUUUUUGUUGCAUGAGUGGGAAAACAAAGUUGGCAUCUUCCCAAAUUCCUGAUGAGUUAUAUCGUCUUUUUACAUCAGAAGAGGAGUUAAGCAAAAUAUUUAGAGAUAAUAUACGUGCUUACAAUACAAAAUUUUCUUUCACAUCCAUGGGAGUAGAGUUGGAUGAUGAUUUGAGCAAUAUGAAAUCCGGAGUAUAUACAUUUCGUGCGAACGGAGCAAUAUAUCAUAGAAUUGAUCAGUUAGUACCGAGGGAUGGAUUACCUAGGUACUUACAAUUAUAUUUCUAUGAUUCUGAAACCGAUUUUACACAUAGACUUCAAUGGCCAAAUAUUGAUCGAAAGAUCAUUCAAGUGUUGGUGGGCAUUCUUUCAACAAACCCGUAUGCUACAACGUUUCGAAGCCUUCGUGAGCUAGGACCUCUCGAUAACUAUAGAGUUACUUUGAACGCAUCAGUGGAACUUGACCAGAGGGUAUACAAUCGGCCGACCACAUCUGAGGUUGCUGGUAUUUGGGUAGAAGCAAGGGAUGGGGUGUCCAUCAAUGAAGCUGUGGGUAAUGAAGAAAAUAUUGUGGAUGAUAUAGAAGGGGCUAAGUCAAAGAAGGGUAGGAAUACCGUAACAAUGCGGAGAAAGAUAAGAGUUCAAUGUUGA